AUGGAGCAAAGUUCAGCUAGUGCUCAACGAACUGACAAGGAAGAGCCAUCAUCAACUCAUAGGAAUGAGAUGGUACAUUCGGGGUUAUCUAAGAACCUAGCAAUUAUCGUCCAAGAAGCCAGAGUUUUUUUGGAACAAUUCCAACAUGCUAAUGGCAUCCAAGGUCCAGUUGCUUCAAUUUUUGCAUUGUGGAAGCCUCCUAGAGAUGGGCUAGUUAAGGUUAAUUUUUGUGGUUUUGAGAUUUUGGAUGGGCGAACAAUGGGUGUUAGUGUUGUGUUAAGGGACAACUGGGGCGUUAUUUUGGCCAGGAUGGCAAGAAAGUAUAUGCGCAGAGAGGUGGCUUGGAGCGUGGAAGCCAUAGCUAUGCAAGAAGCAGUAAAUUUUGCUCGCCUCCAAGGGAUAGUGUUUGUGGUGUUAGAAAGGGAUUGCAUUCAUUUUUUGAAGUCUGUUAUGGCCAAAAAUUCUGACGUACAAAAGGAUCACAUGGAUGCAAAUUUGAACAGUGUGAGGCGGGUACUCUUAAGCUUGAGUCACUACGAAAUAACUAUGGUCCGGAGGAAUGGGAAUAGAGUGGCUUCGAACUUGGCUAAAUAUGAGAGGUUUCUUGAGGGUUCAAUCAUAUUGCGAGAGUGUGCUCCACAUUUGUAA